UUCACAGGAUCCAGCAGUCACUGAAGUCCAGCUCUUUCGAAGAGAAGAGUUCAGAUAAAUUAUCUUAUAAGAUCUCAAAAAAGUCUCUCCUGCACAAUCUGAAGAAGCUGAAGAAGAAGGAGUUGAAACAGUUUCAGAGCCAUCUGAGUCAGGAUUGCCCGGAAUGCCUGAAAAUUCUGUCUGAAGAUCCUUCUAUACUGGAUAAGUUUAUGAAGAUCAAUAAAUUAUUUGAGAGUCAUCAAAUUGCUGAUUACCCAGGAUGCAUUGAGAGAGAACAGGAAGAUUCUGAGGCUGUGUACACAGUUGAGAAGAUGCUGGAGACCUGUGGCAGUAAGAGGUCUCUGAAGAUCACACUCCACAUCCUGAGGAACAUGAAGCGGAAGGAUCUCACCGACUCACUGGAGAGAGAUGAGCUCAACGAAUCCAUAAAAAGAGCCCAGCAGGCACUGAAAACUCAUCUGAAGAAAAAGUUUGAAUGCAUAUUUGAAGGUUUAGCAAAACAGGACCACCCAACCCUCCUGAAUGAGAUCUAUACAGAGCUCUACAUCACAGAGGGGGGAAGUGGGGGGGUUAAUAAUGAACACGAGGUCAGACAGAUUGAGACAGCAUCCAAGAGACAAACCACACAAGAGACUGCAAUCCUCUGCAAUGACAUCUUUAAGCCUUUACCUGGACAAAAGAAACCCAUCAGAACUGUGCUUACAAAGGGCAUCGCUGGCAUUGGGAAAACCGUCUCUGUGCAGAAGUUCAUUCUGGACUGGGCAGAAGGAAAAGCCAAUCAGGACAUUGAUUUCAUCUUCACUCUUCCUUUCCGAGAUCUGAAUUUGAAGAAGGAAAAAGCAUUUAGUCUGAUGCAACUUCUACAGCACUACUUUCCACAAGUGAAAGAGAUCAAAAAUGUUGAAGGUGAUGAAGUCAAAGUUUUAUUUAUCUUUGAUGGUCUGGAUGAGUGUCGACUUUCUCUAAAUUUCCGAAGCAAUAAGAAGUGCUGUGAUAUAACAGGGUCAUCAUCAGUGGAUGUGCUGCUGACCAACCUCAUUAAGGGGAAUCUGCUUCCCUCUGCUCUCCUCUGGAUCACCUCCCGACCAGCAGCAGCCAAUCAGAUCCCCCCUGAGUGUGUCCACCAGGUGACAGAGGUACGAGGGUUCAGUAACCCACAGAAGGAGGAGUACUUCAGGAAGAGAAUCAGAGAUCAGAACCAGGCCAGCAGAAUUAUCUCACACAUAAAGUCAUCCAGGAGUCUCUACAUCAUGUGUCACAUACCAGUCUUCUGCUGGAUUUCUGCUACUGUUCUGGAGACAAUGUUUGGUGAAGUAGAGAGUAGAGAUAUGCCCAAAACUCUGACUGAAAUGUACACACACUUCCUGCUCAUUCAGACUCAUGUGAAGAAUCAGAAGUAUCGUGGCACCAAUGAGACAGACCCAAAGAUGUCAGCAUCAGAUACCAAAAUAAUCCUGAAACUGGGGCAGCUGGCUUUUCUACAGCUGGAAAAGGGUAAUCUGAUAUUCUAUAAAGAGGACCUGAAAGAGAGUGGCAUUGAUGUCAGUGAAGCUUCAGUGUACUCUGGGGUGUGCACAGAGAUCUUUAAAGAGGAGUGUGGGUUGUAUCAGGAGAAGGUCUACUGCUUUGUGCAUCUGAGCAUUCAGGAGUAUCUGGCUGCCUUGUUUGUGUUUCAUUCAUGUGUAAAUGAGAACAGAAAUGUACUCAGAGCAGAAGAAUCAGAACCUCACAGUGACAGAGUGGAGCUGUCUGAGUUACACAGGAGUGCAGUGGAUCAGGCCUUAUUGAGUAAGGAUGGACACCUGGACCUUUUCCUCCGAUUCCUUCUUGGCCUCUCUCUGGACUCCGUUGAGACUUUCUUAAGACACAAAACAAAUCCUGUUGUUACAUUCUUUAAAAGACUGUUGACACAGAAAGAGAAAAAGACAGAAAGCAGAUCAGAGAGCAUUGAAAAAACAGUCCAGUACAUUAAGGAGAGGAUCGGAGAGGAAUCUUCAGCAGAGAGGACCAUCAAUCUGUUCCACUGUCUCUAUGAACUGAAUGACAACUACCUAGUGCAGGAAAUCCAGAAUUCCCUGAGAUCAGGAAAACUUUCUGAUAAAAAGCUGGAACCAGACCAGUGUUCAGCUCUGGCCUUUGUGUUACUGAUGUCAGAGGAGAUCCUGGAUGAGUUUGACUUGAAGACCUACAACACAUCAGCAGCAGGUCAUCAGAGACUGCUACCAGUAAUCAGGAGCUGCAGGAAGGCCAAACUGAACAGCUGUCACCUCACAGAGAAGUCCUGUGAUAUUGUGGCCUUAGCUCUCCGGUCAUCAAACUCACCCCUGAGAGAUCUGGACCUCAGCUACAAUUACCUGGGAGAUUCAGGAGUGAAGCUGCUCUGUGCUGGACUGAUGAGUCCAAACUGUAAACUACAGAGACUGGGACUGAACAACUGUAAACUCACGCAGAAGUGCUGUAAUAUUGUGGCCUCAACUCUCCAGUCAUCAAACUCACCCCUGAGAGAUCUGGACCUCAGCUACAAUAACCUGGGAGAUUCAGGAGUGGAACUGCUCUGUGAUGGACUGAUGAGUCCAAACUGUAAACUGCAGAGACUGGACCUCAGCUACAACAACCUGGGAGAUUCAGGAGUGAAGAUGCUCUGUUCUGGACUGAGGAGUCAAAACUGUAAACUACAGAGACUGGG